GAGCAACGCAUGCAGCCCAGCACUAUAAAAGCAUCACUCUUUUGCUUCAUGCACCUCUUUGCUCCUAUACCUGGCCACAUAUAUGCCUGGAACACAACUCACUAAGGGUGGCCCACUGAAUGUCAAGCAUCUCUGCAGAACUUCUACUUCACAGUAUCCCAGCGCUCAAAACACAAAGGAGCUGCAAGCACUCAUGGCCAAUCGCGUCUGUGAAACUACGGAGCAGAAGAAAGAGCAGCCGCAGGGACCCGAGGGGCCAUGUUCACCUCAGAAGUUUAAAGCGAAGCUCGUGCGAUGGGUCUCUUACGUCGCUGGAGACAUGCCUGCGUUCGGUGAAUGGAUGAAAGGGCAAUUUAUCCUGCUUCAGAUUCUGGACUGGGUGCUGCGGGGAGCUGCUCAGGUGAUGUUUGUGAACAACCCUCUCAGUGGACUGAUCAUCUUUGCUGGGCUGAUCCUGCAGAACCGAUGGUGGGCCCUCAAUGGUUUUGUUGGCACUUUGUUUGCUACAAUUUCUGCCCUCAUCCUUGGUCAGAACAGGGGUGCAAUUGCAAACGGCCUGUACGGAUAUAACGGCAUCUUGGUUGGUCUCCUGAUGGCGGUUUUCUCGAAUGCAGGAGAUUGGUAUUGGUGGCUGCUUUUUCCCAACAUUUUCAUGUCAAUGGCAUGUCCCAUAGUAUCCAGUGCCUUGGCUUCCAUCAACAGUCGUUGGGACCUGCCCGUUUUCACGCUGCCGUUUAACAUACUAGUGUGUCUCCAUAUGGUGGCUACAGGCCACUACAAUCACCACUUCCCUCAGGUUCUCUUCCAGCCACGCACAUCCCUGCAUAACAUGACAUGGUCUGAACUGGAUUAUCCUAAGCUCUUCUGCUCAAUCCCUGUGGGUAUCGGGCAGGUUUAUGGCUGUGACAAUGCUUGGACAGGAGGUAUAUUCAUGAUCGCCUUGUUCAUCUCCUCACCCAUAACAUUUGCACAUGCAACUAUUGGAUCAGCAGUUGGUAUGGUGUCAGGUCUUGCUCUUGCUGCGCCGUUCCAGAACAUCUACUUUGGCCUGUGGGGUUAUAACUGUGUUUUGGCCUGCAUUGCCGUUGGUGGGAUGUUCUACGCUCUCACAUGGCAGACACAUCUUCUGGCUGUGGCCUGCGCAUUCUUCUGUGCAUAUCUCAGCUCGGCCAUCGCAAACGUGAUGUCUACUUUCGGACUCCCAGCGUGCACCUGGCCCUUCUGUCUCUCUGCCCUCACUUUUCUUUUGAUCACUACGGAGAUAAAAAGCAUUUACAAGCUGCCUCUUGCUAAAGUCACCUACCCUGAGAAAAACCUGAUACACUUCUGGAAGAUGAAGAAAGAGGAGAGGAUCGACAAACAGAAGAAAAAACAAGAGAAAGACAUAGAAUCACAGCAGAACAAAGAUGAAAUAAUAGCUGUACCGGAAAUGAAAGAUCAUGAGCAUCUCGAUGUUUCCACCGUGGACGUUUCAUAAGAGAAAAACACACAAAAUAGAGCGGAAAGGAAUGCAGAGGCAAUUCAACUUAAUUUAACUCAAUUAUAAAUGUCCCUUGAAUGGUUUACAUGAAUAUUCGCUGAAGGAAACUGCCAAACAAAAAUAGCUUUUUUCACACACAAAAAAACCCCAAACAUUAUCUGUAUUUAUUAAAAAAUAAUACCUUUUUACACAAGACAUGUUACAUUCUGUGCUGGCAGACAGGGAUACAAGUAUUUAAAAUUAAAAUACCAAAUACUGUUUGUUGAUGUUUUCCAUCAUGGUAUUGUUCUAUGAUUGUACAGUUUACUUUUUAUUUUCCAGAUGUUACUCAUUUUCAGAUAAAAUGUUUUGGUUUGAACAUAAUUUCAAUAAGUUUUCAACGUUUUUAUUGUCUGUAGCAGCUUUGGGUCUUAUUUGAUUUUUUAUAAACUCGAAUAAAUGUAUUUUUUUAAACAUAAA